GAACAAGUUGCUGCUCGUGUCGGUUCUUGAGCGGAUGAAAAAGGCGGACGGGCAUUUCGACAAGUUUAUGGAAGAAGACAGAAAGAGUAACGAAUCGCCAGACGACAGUGAUUUCUAAAACAACCGAUAUUCCCGAGCGUCAAGAAUCUACUCAAGUGGCUCGAAUCUGACUAAAAGAUAUUUUGUGUUACCAUGGCCAAUACUUUGGAUUACGAAGGGGAUGAUAAUAUCAUAGCGCAUUACGAGAAUGAAGAAUCUGAUGGCGAACGUCGCAGUCUCGGAGAAGCUGAAGAAGCAACAUCUGAUAACGAAACCGGAACCGCUCGAAGGAUUGAUCCGUCAACAGCUACUAGAACACACGUUAUAAGGAAUCCUGCACCCAAACUUAAUACAGAAAGGUUGAAAGGACCUAAUGGUAUUCAGAUUAUCGAGAAAUAUUUUGAGGCUUUCAAAUUCUAUGGUAAGGGACACGAAAAGACAGAUCUUGACAGGAUCAUGAAGAGAUUGGAGCAUUGGUCCUACCGGUUAUUUCCAAAGUAUCAUUUUGAUGAUUUUCUCGCGAGGGCCGAGCAACUUGGAGCAAAAAAGGAUCUGCGUGAUAUACUUUUGGCGCAAUCCGACAACGUACCGAGCUCGCAAAUAGUCUGUCCAAGUAGUACCAAGACUCAAGUAAGCGACGAUAUGAAGAAAAAAAUCAAAAGGAACAAACAGUUGGCUAUCCAAAGGAGACUCGAAAGGCAAAAAGAACGUGAGGAAGAAAUUAAAAGAAGAAAAUUGCUUGAAAACACAAACAUGGACAUUCCAAAUGAAAAUGAUAAUUCUACGGCUCACGGUGGGACGGAUGCUUCUCAAGUAGAUGAUACGCACUCACAAAUUGAUGAAACUACGAGUAAAAUAGUCUGAUAAAUCAGAGGAUGCAUUGUCAAAUAGUCAAGAUUAUUAGUAACUAAAACCAGAUAAGAUAUAUAUAUACAUAUAAUUGCAUUUAUUAUAAUUCUUUAAUAUAAGUCUCACUUGCAAUUUCUGUAGAAAUAAUCUGCCGAGAAAUAUAAUUGUUAGAAAGAAUGUAAGAAUGCUGCGUUUCAAACACUUACUAAUAAAAAUGGAAUUUUUACC